CGGAAAGUUGGCGGGGCUGCGGGAGCUGAGCCGAGAGCCCGGUUGUUGGCUAGAGUGGGCGCGGAUCUGGUGUGGGGAAGGCGGCGGAACUCAGGCCUGCCUGCGAAGGUGAGGGAGUUGGGCGCCGAGCUGGGCUCCUUGGCCCCCCUGUCGCGAUAAGGGAGAGUGAGUUUGAGGGCGGAAUGUGUGUAUUUGCGGCGGCGUUUAUGAAAUGCGCAUCUUAUUGCUGUUUGGGCCUCACAGCCUGGUGGGGUGGGCAGCUGCGAACCCAAAGCGUUCUGGGUUUCACUGCAGGAGGUAUCUUUGGUCCUCUUGGGAAGGUUUUAGCGUCGCAGAGUACUGGUGGGUCCAGGAUUCUCCCAGGACCUCCUUUUACAGAGGAUACUGAGGCCCGAGGUGACUUGUAUACAUCCUCGACGGAACCUACUAAACUACCACCUUAGUCCCUAUUUUACUGUUAACUUUUACUGUUCUGAGGUGGAGGAGAGAGACAGGGUAGAUGUGUGGAGUCUUAUUUUAUGGGAGGGUGCCGGCCACCUGGCUAUCCUGAUGAUCUCUGAUCAGAAAGGGAUAGAGUUGGAAAAGGGGUUUUAGAAGUCACCAGUUUUACUUGUGAGAAAAUGGACCUAGGGUCAGUGCGUGUGAGUGCCCUGUGCAGUUACACUUACCUACUAACAAGCUGCUAGAAGAUAAAGGUGUCCUGAAUUCUUGCUGCACCUUAACAACAGUUAAGCCCAGGUGGCUUGAUCUACCCUUGAAUACCUAGAAUUAAAGCAUUGUCCUACAUAAUGGUAGAGGACGAACUGGCACUAUUCGAUAAAAGCAUAAAUGAAUUUUGGAAUAAAUUCAAAAGUACGGACACCUCCUGUCAGAUGGCAGGACUAAGAGAUACCUACAAGGAUUCCAUCAAAGCAUUUGCAGAAAAGCUGUCUGUGAAAUUAAAGGAAGAAGAACGAAUGGUUGAGAUGUUUCUGGAAUAUCAAAAUCAGAUCAGCAGGCAAAAUAAGCUCAUUCAAGAAAAAAAGGAUAACUUGUUAAAAUUGAUUGCUGAAGUAAAAGACAAAAAACAGGAAUUGGAAGUACUGACUGCAAAUAUCCAGGAUCUUAAGGAAGAAUAUUCUAGGAAGAAGGAAACUAUUUCUACUGCUAAUAAAGCGAAUGCAGAGAGGUUGAAAAGGCUGCAGAAAUCUGCAGACUUGUAUAAAGAUCGACUUGGACUAGAAAUUCGAAAAAUUUAUGGUGAGAAAUUGCAGUUUAUAUUCACUAAUAUUGACCCUAAGAAUCCUGAGAGCCCAUUUAUGUUUUCCUUGCAUCUCAAUGAAGCAAGGGACUAUGAAGAUAAGGAAUACAACGUACAGAGUUUAAAUGACUUCAAGACACUGCUGGCUGAGACAUGGAGAGACCCACGUGGCAAGAAAAUGAUAUCUCCAACCAAUAGCAGCGAGGACUGGAGGCCUGCCAACAGCCCUGUGAGUCAUCUUGGAAGUGAGUCUUCUGCAGGAAGAGCCUGGAGAUGUCUGCAGCCCAACCUGAUACCUUGAUUGCUGCCUUGGGAGGGGUUCAGAGACACCUGGCUAAGACACAACUGAAUUCCUGACCCACAUAAACUAUGACAUAAUACAUGUUUGUUUUAAGCCAUUAUUUUGGUGGGGGUGGGGAGCGGUAAUUUGUUGCACAGCAAUUUGUGCAGACAACCAAUUUAAGCACCACGUGAUAUACAGUGAUUAAUUAUAGGUCACUGAAACAUGUCUGCUUGGCACUACUUUUAUAGAAGACUGAAUAUGAAGAUUCUGUUUAAAACCCUGCUUGACUUUCUUUACUUCUAGAAAAUACCAAAGACAUGUUUCCAUUGUACAGUUUGUAAACUAGAACGCUGGGUUUUUAAAAUUUAUAUGGGGUAUGAGAAAUCAUUUUCAUUUAUAAAACAUGAUAUUUGCUUUCAAUUUUUUCAAUAUAAGUCCCUCAGUACCUAAGAUUCUCCAUUAAU